GAACAGUUAAAUUUCCCAUCCCCCAACAUGGACCGUCCCUUGAUGUUUCCUGUGACGUAAGCUGACCUUCAUCACGCCUGUUCAGAAAACGGUCGUUGGUACCAUCAGAAGAAAUGGCAGAUAUUCCAGUUGGUGAUCCUGAGAAAGGCAAGAAGACAUUUAUCCAGAAAUGUGCCCAAUGUCAUGUUUUGGCAGCUGGGGCAGCCCAUAAAACUGGACCGAACUUGAAUGGUAUUUUUGGCAGAAAAACCGGACAGGCCCCCGGCUUCAACUACACUCAAGCAAACAUUCAAAAAGGUAUUAUCUGGGACAGAGAGAACUUGUUUACAUACCUCGAGAAUCCCAAGAAAUUCAUCCCAGGGACAAAGAUGGUGUUUGCUGGUAUCAAGAAAAAGAACGAGCGUGCUGAUCUGAUUGCAUAUCUGGAGCAGGAAACCACGAAACAAUAAUUUUAAUUCAUGUUAGACCAAUUAUUUAACAUGUACAUUUUUGCCUUUUUCUUUGAAAUUUUGUUAUCAAAUUGACAAGUGAUGUUUGGGAGAUUAGUUUGUUUAUCAAGAGAUGACAUUAAUAUCUGAGACAGCUAUCUAUACCACUGGUUGGACACUUAUGUGAACGUAUUUAUUAUAAAUGUGUGAUUUUUGCUUUUUUAGUAAUAAAUAUUUUUAAAGACG